GGGCACGGCCGCAUGAUGGAGCCGCCGGCGCGAAACGCCAUGUGGCGCUUCGGUUUCCCCAAUCCCGUCAACUACAACGACAACGAGCUGUUCUGCGGCGGGUACGCGGUGCAGUGGGAGCAGAACCAGGGCAACUGUGGCGUGUGCGGCGACGCGUACCACCUGCGUACACCCCGGCCGCACGAGGCGGGCGGCGAGUACGGCAAGGGCAUCGUGUCGCGCCGCUACGUCGCCGGGCAGGAGGUGGACGUCGAGAUCGAGCUGACCGCCAACCAUAUGGGCCGGUUCGAGCUGUACCUCUGCCCGAACAACAAUCCGCGCGCCGACGCCACGCAGGAGUGCUUCGACCGCUACCCGCUGUACCUGUCCGGCACCAAGGAGGUGCGCUUCUUCAUUCCGCCCGACUCGAAGAAGAAGGACGUGUUCCGGUACCGGGUGCAGCUGCCGCUGUACGUGAGCUGCACCCAGUGCGUCCUCCAGUGGACGUACUUCACCGGCAACAUGUGGGGACGGUGCGACAACGGUACCGAGUCGGUCGGCUGCGGCAGACCAGAAACCUUCCGCAACUGUGCGGACAUCAGCAUCGUGUCCAACACCGGCGGUGGCCGACCGCCACUGUUCGUCGGCAACAACAACCCGUUCCUGCUGUACUACCGCGACUUCCGCGACCCCAAGCCCGACAACGUCUACCCGCUGAUUAUUCGCGAUCAGGUGUGUCUGCCAACCGCGACCUACCGCAGCUUCAUCGGGAUGGAGGAAUGGUGCCAGAACAACUGCCUACGCUAUCCACCGAACUGUCCGGAGUCGGUCUGUCACUGCCCACAAACGUGCGAAGCGAUCGGCGAGCUGCAGGGUCGCGAGGGAGCCGACGUGUACUGCCUGGACCAGUGUCUCAACUACAAGUCGUCCUGCCCAGCCGACAGAUGUCGCUGCUACUGAGCAUUCCCAU